AUGUGGCGGUUCAUCUCUCUGGUACUAGGCCUCACAGCUGUCGCAAGCAGCCAACACGAGUACUCGAAUCCAUCGAUAAACUGCAGUGACCUCUCAUCCAGCUUCGUCCGCGAGAAUGUCACCAUACACUUCGCAGACUUCGUUGCUGCCGGCACGAAUAUCACACUUGACCAGACUGGGCUUCUCGCCGAAUGCGAGCGACCAUCUCAAGUUGCUCUUGUCGACCUCUGCCGCAUCGCAAUGAACGUCACAACCUCAGCACGCUCGGAGAUCUACAUGGAAGCCUGGCUCCCCAGCAACUGGACCGGUCGAUUCCUCGCAACCGGCAACGGUGGCCUCGGAGGCUGCGUACAGUACGAAGACGUCGCCUACGGAGCAUCUCUCGGAUUCGCAACCGUAGGAUCCAACAACGGCCAUCAAGGCACCCGCGGUCUAGCUUUCUACCAAAACGCAGACAUCGUCGAAGACUUCUCUUACCGCUCCAUCCUCACCGAAACCCUUGUCGGCAAAGCCAUCACCUCCGCCUACUACGCCAAACCCCACAAAAAGUCCUACUACAUCGGCUGUUCCACCGGCGGUCGGCAAGGCUUCAAAAUGGCCCAGUCCUUCCCCACCCUCUUCGACGGCAUCGUCGCCGGCGCUCCUGCCUUAUCAUUCAACAACCUCUCCUCCUGGUCCGGCCACUUCUACCCCAUCACCGGCUCCCCCGACUCCCCUUCCUACCUCCCACCCUCCCUCUGGGCCGCCGUCCACACCGAAAUCCUCACCCAAUGCGACGGCCUCGACGGGGUGGAAGACGGCAUCCUCGAAGACCCCUCCCUCUGCCACUACAAACCCGUCUCCCUCCUAUGCCGCACCAACCAAUCCUCCACCCCCACCGCGCCCUGCCUCACCGCACCCCAAGUCCUCACCGUCUCCGCCGUACUCGCAGACUACCACGGCGAAAACGGCGCUCUCAUCUUCCCCCGCAUGCAACCGGGCACCGAACUCUCCGCGCCGUACAUCUACUACAACGGCCAAGGUUUCCAAUACACCCUCGACUGGAUGCGCUACGCCAUCCUGCAAGACCCAUCCUGGGACGCCGCUACCCUGAACAGCACUUACGCCGCCAUCUCCGACCUCAUCAAUCCCUCUGACAUCGAAACCUGGAACGGCGACCUCGGCCCCUUCCGUGAUCACGGCGGGAAAAUCCUCCACUACCACGGUCUCGCGGACGCCAUCAUCACGUCGGAUAAUAGUCCACGAUACUACGAACACGUCGCGACGACCAUGAACGCCAGUCCCGCGGAUCUGGAUGAGUUUUACCGUUUCUUCCGAGUGGGAGGUAUGGGGCAUUGUGCGGGUGGAGAUGGGGCGUGGGAUAUUGGACAGGGAGCGGGGGGAUCCACGGAUCCAGAGAGGAAUGUCUUGACGAGGAUGGUGCGGUGGGUGGAGGAGGGAGCGGAGGCGGCUCCGGAGGUGCUGGUGGGGACGAAGUUUGUGAAUGAUACGGCGGAGUUGGGGGUGGAGCUUGAGAGGAAGCAUUGUAAGUGGCCGUUGAGGAAUUUGUGUGUGGAUCCGGGGAAUUAUAAGAGUCCUGAGGCGUGGGAGUGUGUUCCGUGA